AUGGCCACGACGUUCAACAUUAGAUUGUCCACAUAUGUGCUCAACAUGGACUCAUACACAGUAUUCCGUUUUCGUGACAUAUACGGAACUCCUGGCGCUCAAGGGCGGAGCCUGUCAUCAGCUAUUGUGUCCUCCUCUCAGGGUACAGAUGGUGUGCACCAGGCCGAGGGUGCUAACAACACCAUCAUGGCAACCACUUCUUCUCCGGCACCAGCGGUAAUAGAGGCAGCCCUUGGUUCUGGGGGAGGGCAACAAGAUGAUUCAGAGAUGUCGAAGGUGCGGGAGAUUCCAUUGGUGUCGACCAGCGGGCUCCCCAAUGGCAGGAGGAUUGUAGGCUUGCUGUACGAGUACAGUAAAGUUGAUGAGGUGACGAUUUUGUGUAUGUGCCAUGGUAGCUUCCUAACUCCGGCGGAGUUUGUGGAGCAUGCUGGAGGCGGUCAAGUCGCCAACCCGCUGGGGAGCAUCUUCGUCAUGCCCCCGCCUUGGCUUUGACCGGCAUCGCCCAAGUGUUCCGUGUGUGGCCUCAGCGUUAAUCUUAGCUUGGAACAAGAAAUCUCAUUGUGAGAAUGUAUCUGUGUUUUAGACUUUA